AUGUGCUUGUUUUGUGGCGUUGAGGAUUGUUGUUUGAUUUUGUGGGACAAACUAUGCGACGCCACAUGUAGGCUCGGAUGUAAUUUGUUGUGUUGCAGAUAUCGUUGGUGUCCAGGAUAUGCCAUAUGUAAUGAAGAUGACCAGGAGGAUCAGGAAGACUCUUCCAAAUCGGAAGAAGAAAAAAAGAGAAUUAAAAAGGAAAAGAAUAUGAGAUAUAAUAGAGAUUUAGAAACAAUGGUUUAUUUAUUAAUUUUAUUGGGUUUUUUCUAUAUGGCUGUGAUGCCUCUGGUGAUUAGUUAUUACUGGAUUGAUUUAUUUGGAAUUUUUGAGAAUUCAUCGAGUCCUUCUCGCAAAUAUCCGCUUCUUGAAAUUUACUCGAGUUUGGGAACACAGAACUUCGAGCAUUUGAAUUUUAGUAAUGCUAGUUGGGUUUUUUGGAUGUAUUAUUUAUGUUGGUUCUUGAGUUAUGCAAGCUAUGAAUAUUGCAAGCGGUCGAAUCCAGGACGAAUAUUUGUAGAGGGAGACGAGAAACGAAUUGGAUAUAUUUCAAGAAAGGAUGCAAUUCAAGUUGAUACUUCUAAUGAAGAAUGCAAAUCUCAUUCAUGCAAAACAACCCACGAGGAUUACAACUCUCAAACAAAUGAUAACUCGCCAACAAGUGCCACCAAGUCUCAGUACACCCUAAGAAAGAGAGAAGGUAAAAAAAUUUCACAAGACGAUGAUGAGAAGGAUAAUGAUACUCCUUCAACUAAUGCUUCUCAGGAUACAGCAACAAUUAGUACAACUCCCACGAACAAUACCGAAUCAGAAAAAUCAGAAGCAUCUAAUGCAUCAAAACCUCCUCUACAGCCAGAGCUUCCCAUUCGCUCAAAAUUUUGUUCAAGAUGUGGUCACAGAACCGCUAAAUAUGACCAUCAUUGUUUAUGGAUUUCGAAUUGUGUGGGUGAGAAGAAUCAACUUGUGUUUAUACUUUUUUUAAUUGCCAUGAUCAUUCAAACAGCCAUAUGCUUGUGUUUGGUUUUGUAUUUGUUUUAUCUAUGCAUACAUGAAGUGACACACAGCUUUAAUUUGGCUUAUGAAUUAGAGUCAAAGAAACGAACGGCCAUCAUGUAUGGAAAAACUGUUGCAGAGCUAUGGAGAGAUGCACGUUCAUUGGAGUUACAAGAAUUUCUUAGAAAUUUUGAUCCAAUUUUGAAAGUUUCAACAGUGUUCUUUUUCUUAUUGAAUUUAGGAAAUUUUUGCUUAUCAGGUUUAAUCUUUGCAUUUGUCACAUUUAUGACAGGAGUCCAGAUCUACAUGAUCAGUAACAACAAGACAUCAGUGGAAUAUUUUAGCCCUGAAAAGUAUCAGUAUACACCUCCAUCAACCUCAAAGGAGUCAACAACAUGCCUCUCGAGUUGGAAAUUAUUUAUUUCACAAGUAUCCAAGCCCUCACAUCAAUUCAUGACCUAUUGA